AUGGCCCGGUUCCGUAACACUCUCCCAAAAGAAUUUCGCACUUUGUACACCUUUGGUGUGGAAGUCGAGUUUAUCAUCAAUUUCAAGAUCGCGGACUUCAUUACUGCUAUAAACACAGAGAGUUUUCAUCACCCGGCGAAAUGGAAGUUACUGCGGGCAGUAUAUGAACAUGUCAUCAAUGAGAUGCAAAGCAACGGGUUCCUGGUGAAUACUUACCUCCAAAAUCACAAUGACCCAUCAUAUUGGACGGUCAAACCGGCCGCUUCUAUAGCAACAGAAGAAUUUGAUGUGGCAAAGGAUGAAUGGGGUGGCUGCCCAGUCAGGCUUGUGGCACCCGUGAUGACCUAUGGGUCCCCAUCGUUUGAUCUCAUCAAUAAUGUUCUGAUCUUCCUGAACCAACAAUUUGAUAUUGUGGUCAAUGCCUCGUGUUCGUUGAACGUACACGUGGGCAAUAUUGCUGCAGAUAAAGACGAGGCAGCGGGCAGCAAAGACCUACAGAGCCUAGGAUUUUCCUUGACAACCGUUGAGAAUCUUUUGAGUUUUAUCUGGCUAUUCCAACUGCAGUUACAAGAGAUCCACCCCCCGUCUCGGAUAUCAUAA